AGCCGUCAUCCGUCAUCAUGCCGGCAUUCAUACUCGUUUCAUAGCGAACAGCUGAAGUGUACACAAAUUCAAGGAGACUUGUAGAAAUUUAAUAUUAACUCCUAUAUUUUGCGACAAACAUAUUGAUUGCGUUUAUUUUGUUGAUUUUUUGAGACCAAAAAAUGCAGAGAAAGGCGCCGCUCACACCGCAAGCGCGGAAAGUCAACAGACCUCUGGGAAGGGCGACUAUGGCUCCAGCUGAUUUUUCCGUAAUUGGAGUUCCACCUGGGAGACAAGCAUUUGUAUCAAGACAAUCCGUUAUACCAGGAUUAUACUCUGCAAAUGAAAGUAUCGGAAGAAAACCUGAUCUACCAAAUCAUGAUGCAGAGAUAAAACGUCUGUACAACACAUAUCUUCAAACUGAAGCGAUAAAGAUAUUGAUGAAGAGUAAAAUGGAAGAGAAGGAGAAAAAAAAUGUAAUAAAACUAGCUGCAUUGAUUAAAGAAGAACAAGAGAUCAAGAAGAACUUAUCUCUUGUAAAAAUCAGGACAACGGCUGUACAGAAUCUUAGUCAACUGCAAAACACUGUGGAUGAUCAACUUUUCAAAACCACUGGUUGUCUCGAUGACUUGAAGAAGAAGGCCAAAAACGUUUUGGAGCAAUUGGAAUUGAUGCUGGAAUCUCUUGACGUUUUGAAAUGCAAGAACAUUGCGAUUCCCGAAACGGUAGAUGACAUGAAUAAAAUUCACGCUCAAUUGACGGAUUGUGUUGUGCUGUUGUCAUCAAUAAAAACAGUCAUCGGUGGCCUAAGUAAUACUCUUAUCACUGUGAACAAAGAACUAGAGGAUUUGAAAAAUAUUUUCACUGAUUUAUCCAACUGUUCAGAAAAGAUCGUCCGAGAUCUCGAGCACCUCCAAAUCCGCGUUCUCAAAGAAGGUGAAAAAAUAUUGAUGCUCGCUCGUAGCAGCCACCUCAGGGAAUGAAUUCACAUUAUUUAUUCAAGCCAUCGCACAUAAAAAAACUUUACAGAGCAUGAACAAGUCUGAUUAGACGUAAAUAUUACUAUGAUUUAAUUUCGAUUAUCGUUGAGAGUGAUGAAAAUGAUAGAUUUUAUAAAAAUACGGUUUUUUAUAUGUUUUUUUGAAUGGAAUUACGCUGGUCGUAAUUUCCAGAGAAUCACCUCAGUAUUUAAUUACGCAUAAUUUUGUAUUCCAUGUUCACAAGCAAUAAAUUCAAUGAAAUGCGA